GCCAGGGGUCGGGUCGGGCCGGGCCGGCUGCUCCGUCCGCACACGUGGGGCGGCCCCGCCAUGGCGCAGCCCGGGCAGAGCGCGGCCGCCGCGCUGGCCUCCAGCCUGGAGUCGGUGCUGCGGAGCCGGGGCAGCGCCAACCGCGUCUUCGAGAUCCUGGAGCUGCUGCAGGUGGACGAGGAGGAUGUUGUCCUUUGUGCCAUCAGAACCUGCAGCCGGCUGUUCGGGGCGCUGCUGGAGCGGGGGGAGCUGUUCGUAGGCCAGCUGCCGGAAGAAGAGACCCCUCUUGCAGAUAACUAUAAUGCAGAAGACAAAUACAAAAUAUGGAUGAGGCAUCGUUAUAACAGUUGUGUCAACUGCUUGGUGGAGCUGAUGGGCCAUGAGUCUUUUCAGGUCAAGGAAUUAUCACUCGCUACCCUCAUGAAGUUUGUUGAGUUGGAAGGGAAAUACCCUUUGGUCAAAGCAGAAUGGAAGGGGAGUUUCAGUUUCCCUCGUGAGCUUUUAAAAUUAGUUGUGGAGAACUUAAUCCCAUGUGAAGAGGACUCUUCGCUCCUGAUUUCACGUUUCCAAGAAUACCUGGAGUAUGAUGACAUUCGGUACUUUGUGAUGAAGGCUGUCGCUGAAAAUAUUGGGCAAGUCAUGCAGAAGACAAAAGAGGUUCCGCUUCCAGUUUACCAACAGAAUGUAUUUUCCCUCAUUUCAUCAAUUAGCAUGCCAAGCCAAGAGAAUGAGGUGGUCAAUUUCAUGGUAAAGCAAGCUAAUCAGGAAGAAUGGAAGGUAUCAAAGCUAAAGGAGCAUAAACGGGCUUUUGAAAGGAUGUGGCUUGGCUUUCUUAAACACAAGCUACCCACCGGCCUUUACAAAAAGGUUCUUGUAAUUUUGCACGACUCUAUCCUGCCUCACCUGAAUGAACCCACCCUUAUGAUAGACUUCCUGACAGUCGCCUAUGACAUAGGUGGAGCAAUCAGUCUUCUAGCCUUGAAUGGGUUAUUUGUUCUGAUUCAUCAGCAUAACCUGGAAUACCCCGACUUUUACAAAAAGCUGUACAGCCUCUUAGACCCCUCCAUAUACCACGUGAAGUACCGAGCCCGGUUUUUCCAUUUAGCGGAUUUAUUUUUGUCUUCAUCGCACUUGCCAGCAUACCUGGUGGCAGCGUUCAUAAAGCGCCUCUCUAGGUUGGCCCUCACCGCUCCGCCCCAGGCUUUGCUCAUGGUCAUUCCCUUCAUCUGCAAUCUUUUCCGGAGGCACCCAGCUUGCAAGGUUCUUGUGCACAAACCCGGCGGACCUGAAGAUCUGUCAGAAGAUCCAUACAUUAUGGACGAGGAAGAGCCAUCCGAAAGCAGGGCUUUGGAGAGCUCGCUGUGGGAGCUACAGACCCUUCAGAGCCACUAUCACCCUGAUGUGGCCCAAGCCGCUGCCGUUGUGAACCAGUCGCUGUCUGAACUAGAGGACGACGUAUCGGAGCUCCUGGAGCUAUCUGCCUACGAGCUUUUCGAUAGAGAGCUAAAGAAAAAAGCCACCAGCGUGCCCCUGGAGUUUGAACCAGUGAGAGGAUUGUUUGGCAAGAAGGACGAUCUCUUUGCAGAGCAUUUUGCGCUGGAAUGAUGCUGCCUUUGUGUAAUACACGUUUCUGUAUGACUGACUCUGACUGUGGAAGACACACCCAGCUGAUUCAUGAGUAUUUCCAUUGAGGUUUGGCUGUGAAAUCCAAGUUGAUGGUUGGACUAGUUGAGAUGUUCCUGUGAUCUUCAGCCGCCUCCACAAAUGGGCUGGUCCUCCUCCUCCUUCCUAACAGAUUCCUUGUUUCUCACUAGCCUCCCUUUUGCAUUUUAUCUUCACCUCCUACCUGGGGUCAGAAAGCAUUUUUUUCUAUGGGCAAUUAUUCCAUAAUUGUUCACUGCUGGGUUCUUGCACCUUCCUAUGAAGUGUCUGGUGUGGGUUAUUGUUGUUGAUUGGAUAUGGGGCUGGAUGGAUCUGAUCUACUCUGGCAGUGCACUCCUCACAUGGGCAUCCGGGUGCGUGGAGGUGAGGGGAGUGGGGGCCUUCUGAGUGCAUUAGGCCUGGGUCCUCCCCGGGUUUCACUCCAGAGAUGGCCCCACUCUUGUAAUGGAGGACUUGGUCCUGCUGCAGGCGAUCUCAAUAUAUGGCUUGUAAAUUGGUGUCAGGUGAAUGACGCUACAGCCAUUAUCGUCUACAUAUAUUUGACAAACUUCAGCUAGUAAGAAACUAGUUUAAUCGGAGAAGUAUUAUAAACUUUUACAGGUACUGGGUUUUGGCUCCUGCAUGCAGAGGCUGGAAGAACGGACUUGAUUUCCAAAAGCAGCUGUUCACACACGACACCAACUAACUCCAUCUACUAUGGUGACGAUGGGACCAAAUUCUUGCAUACACUUCAGUCACUUGGUACAAAGUUACCUUAGCAGAACAUUUCCACAGGCUAAAUCUCUCCUGCUUUGAACAUGAGCAUACUCUUGGGGAUUACUGUGGCUAAAUUUCUGGUCGAACUGCAGUGGGAGGCCAUGCUGAUCCUGGGUAUUAUCUCCCGAGUGCUGAGAGUUGGUUAAACAUAGUUCCACUUACAACUUGGAGGAAGAGGAAUGUAGCCAGUGGAAGCCUGAAUGCCAGUCAGGUGUUAAAUAGUGUCUUUCCACUGUUUGAUGAAGCUAGGUGAAUAGUUUGGUAAAGUCCCAGAUUUGGAUUUCCAGAAGUGAUACAGAAAUUUCCUUUACUGUUGACUUGUGCUUGACUCUUGAAAGAUGUUGAGUGCGCAGCUGGAGAUCCAGCUAUGCGCAUGCUUAAGUUAAGCAUGUGAGUAGUCUCUUUGAAAUCAAUGGGAUCCAAUGGUCUUUAACAAGUUGCUCUUCUUGCAACAAUUUGAACAGAAAAUGUUUCUUCAUCUCCUGCAAGAAGCAGGUAGAAGGUGGGAGAGACCUAAUUUUGGCAAGGGGUGGAAGGACAGAGGUAGAAAUCUCUGCAGGGUCCUGCAUAAGUUGGGACAGAAUACAUCCUAUGAUAGUGUCCUCUAACUGACCAGCUUUACGUGUUCUCCAAGCUGAGUGUGGAACAAGUAGCAAAUUACCAAGGGCCAGAUGCAAGGAAUUGAAUAGCUAAUUCUGUCAGUGGCUAUGGGAGAUGUGAUCCUAGUUCCCAGAGUGCAGUGUCGAACCCAUCUCCUGGGGUUGUUUGCUCUCCAGUACCUCUGCUGUUAAACUUCUAAAGGAUUUGGCUGGGAUAUUCAGGGGAUCUUUAGGGAAUUAGGUGUUGAACUCCAGUUGAAUUUCAGUAGGAGCUGGGCACCUGACUUCCUUAGGGAGCUCCCGCCUUCAUUAUUGGCUUCUCACGUGCAAAGGUAGGAGUGUGGUCUCAGCCGGUCUCCUUGCCCUCUGCUCCCUGUCUUCUGAUAUCACUGGAAGAGUGAUGCAGUGCUUGUGACAAUAGCCAGUGACUUGGGAGUUCUGAGUUCAAGCCCCCACUGUGGCUUUCUUCCUUAUCUGUAAAGGGGGGUGAUAGCACUGCCCUACUUCACAGGGGUGUUGUGAGGAUCAGUACAUUAAAGAUUGUGAGGUGCCCAGACACAACAGUCAGGGGAGCCAUGUAAGGACCUAAGAUGUUCUUGAAUAAACUUGUGUCGGAUUUUUAACCUGA